UGGUACGUAACAGCUCCUAUUUUAUUUUUAGUGUACAAGCGUUACACGAUUAUUUUAUAUUUAUUAUUUUCUAUUUUGAUUGUUAGUAUAUAUCGCCGAUCUAUCAAUUGUAAAAAUUAUUCGGUGAAUUGUGUACACAAAAAGCUGGAAAAGAGAAGUUAAAUUAACAUUAUAAUAUGUUAUAUAUUGUCAUCGUUGAUUAAAAAGAUUUUUUAAACAAUAAAAGAAAAUAAUUACUGUUUGAGACAAUUUUUAUUAAAAUUGAUAUUAAAUUUUGCAGCAGACAUUUUUUUCACUACUCUGAAAUACCUUGAAAACAAACAUCUCGCACAAUGACACAGUCGACGAUUACAUGUUAUUUCAAAAAAGAAAUUCAUAUAGAUUGGGAUGAAGCGGACAAUUGUUAUGGUGAGUUAUUUGAUAAUUCUAAUGAGAGAUAUAAUCCAAGAGUCGUUCUAGAGAAACUCCCAGAAUCUCUACUGCAAAAGCACGUUAAUAAAAAUAAAGUUGUUCCAGUAAAUGCAUCUUUAGAAAUAGUUGAAAAAUGUUCAAGGUGUAAAAAAACAUAUAAAAAUAAAAAUAGUUUCCUAACGCAUAAUUAUUAUUGCGGGAAGGAACGUGAUUUACAAUGCGAUCAUUGUUCCUACAAGACAAACCAGAAAACAAAUUUAGUUAUUCACAUUUCAAAAUCUCAUUUAAAAGGAAAUGAGAGAGCUCGUGAAACCAAACAUGACUAUGAUUGUAAAUUUUCAAGAUUCUGUGAAAAAUGUAAAAUAAUUUCUAAAGCACUUUGUCCAAGUAAAUGCGAGAGAUGUUGUAAUAAAUUACUCUACCAAUGCAAAAAAUGUAUGAAACAAUUUAAGACUCAUUCAUUAGCAUAUUAUCAUUGGUCUACUAGAUGCGGCGUAAAAGGAUAUUUUUAUUGUAUUAAAUGUGAUUUUAAAUCAGUCUGGAGGUCUAAAAUAAUACGCCACAUGAUUCAGACACAUCAAAGUUCAAAAUCAAGUGCAGAAUCCGAACACAUAAGAUGGACUGCUCUAAAUCACAGUGAUAAAAAGCGGGAAUCAAGCUUAUACCAAUGUCCAAAAUGUACCAAAAUCAUGGAAAACUCUGAGGCAUUAUCGUGGCACAUAAUAUUCUGCGGGGCAAAACAUCGUAGUGAAAAUGUUGACAUAGAAUUCGAGGACGUUAAAGAUGUUCAAUUUAAAGUUCAAUCAGAACUUAACAAAUGUUCAGAGUGUGGAAAAAUAUUUGAUCAUAUUUAUUCUUUGAAUAUACAUACAAGAUAUUGCAAGAAAACAAAAUAUAUAACUAGGAUAAAUAAAGACAGUGACGUUGAAGUUGUUGAAACUGACGAAGAUCGUCUUUUGAAAUCAUCAAUAUCAGCAGAUGCACGAUAUGCAAGGAUCAAAGAAAUGGUUGUCAAGUAUUGUGCCAAAUGUCAAAAAGAGACAGCUAUUGAAGAGGGUUGGGGAAUUGGCCGCAAAGCAUUAUGUCACAAAUGUAAAUCUUUAUUAUUCUUUAAAUGUAAAAAAUGUCUUAAAAAAUAUGUUAGAUAUUCAAGUAUCUUACUUCAUUUGAACGCCAUUUGCUAUCCUCAAGAAGAAUACCAAUGCACCAAAUGUAAUUACACAGCCUCCAUCUCUAAUAAAGUAAAAGAACAUUAUGUCUCGGUACACGGAACUGAUAAUGCGAAGUGUAAAAAAUGCGGAAGCAAAUUUAAAAGUAUUAAUUAUUUAAAAAGACAUAUGCGCCGAUGUGGAGUACAACCAAAAUUCCAGUGCGAUGAUUGUCCAUUCAAGUCAAAACUGAAGCUUUAUUUGAGAACACAUAUCUUCCGUAGUCACAUGGAACCCAUAGUUAUUGAUAGAGGCGAAUCCAUUAAAAUGUCACGGCAGCGCUUUUCACGAUCGAUGAUUCAUCUCAAGGCUCACUGCUCUAAGUGUGAAAAAGAGCAAAGUUUGAGUGACCGUCUCAAAAAUUGCCGAACCUGUAAAAAAACACUAUGUUACAAGUGCAAAACCUGUAAUAAUUAUUAUACCUGCGAUGAUGAGAAUGCGUGCGAUCAUGUCAAAGGUUAUCUGGAAACAAUCAAGUACGAGUGUAAACGUUGUGGCCGAGGUGCGAUUUCCGAAAAAAGCUUGUGGAUGCAUGAGUACAAGUGUGGCAUCAAAGCGUCCUUUCGCUGUAGAUUCUGCAAAUACGCUUCCAUUUUCAAAGGGAAUACAGCAAAGCACGAGAAAGUCAUGCAUCCUCUUGAAAUUCACGUUCUCGAUUCUUAGAGAUUCAGAGA